AUGGAUUCCGAAGACGGAGAGUACUUCACCAAGCAAUUGGCCGCCUUUGUGCGAACCCACGAAAAGGCCCUCGCCAAUGCCCUGCAGUUCCAGCGCCGAGAGCCUCCUCCAUUGCCCGAGCGACCCUCGACCUCCUCCUCGACCUCAAACUCUCUAGCUGCCGCCUUCUCCUUCGGCCCCAUCAACUUUACCUCUCACAACGUCAAGUCGGCCAAGCUCGCCCUGACUCCCCACCACCUCUUCUAUCUGCUUUCCCGCAUCGAGGAGCUCGGCAUCAAUGUCGGGCCCAUGAAGGUGCGCCUCGAGAAUCUCCACGAGUCUUCCAACAACUAUGUCUCGUUUCUCGGCAACACUGGGCGGUCCAGGAGCCGCAGCUCCGACGUUGGCUCCAUUCACUCCGUUUCUAGCAUGCGGAGCGUCAUGUCGGGCAUGUCGGCCCUGUGGGCGAGCUUCGGCAUCGGAGCCAGCAUCUCGGCGGCCCGGACGGAGCGCCACAAGGCCGCCGUCCAAGCUGAUCUGAAAUACCUCUACUCUGCCUUUACCAAGAUACCUUGCCUGCGGCUGGCGCCCGACUGGCGGGCCCGCUUGAUUCGUGGCUACGAGGAGUUUCCCUUUGACUCGGCCGUGCCCCUCUACGUGUUCAAGAACUUGCAGGCUCUCGAGGUCAAUAGCAUCGACUUCCGGCAAUUCUUUGGCUGGGAUCGGCUGGCGGACCAGCUCCGGUCCCUCAGCCUGCGACACGCCGGCAUCGAAGACCCCGCCGACAUCCUCAUCGACAUCGUCUUGGACGACAUGGACAAGAGGCGCCGGAGGACGUCCAAGUCGCAGUCCUCCCCUACCGCGACCCUGGCCUCCAACAAUAGCCCUCGGAGAAGCCCUACGAUACCCCAUCCCGACCUCAUCCGAGCUGCCUCGGCCCCCGGCGAGCCAGCAGUGGAGGACACCGACGCCUCCGAUGCCACGAGAACGUCGUUUGCCCGCGAUGACACGGACGGGAACCCUCGAUCCCCGACCAAGCGCUCGCGGCCGCGAAGCAGCUCCCCGACACGCCCCGCCAGUUCGAGGAACCACUCAUCCAACGUGCGGACCUCGCAGCGCAUCAAGCGUUCCGGCUCCGGAAGCUCGCAUUCGAGCAUGUCAGACUCUUGGCACCACCACGCCCGAGGGAGCUCCAGCAACCUUUUGGCCAUGGGCAUUUUGCCCGCGUCCAAGUGGCGCUUUCUGCGUCAUCUCAGCCUCGCGGACAACGCCAUCACCUCCAUCCAGUCCACGAGCUUGGCGCCCCUCUCAAACACCCUCUUCUCGCUCGACCUGUCCUCGAACCUUUUCGGCCAGAUCCCCGAUAGCCUGGCAACCCUUACCGCGCUCCGAGCUCUGAAUCUCUCGCAUUGCAUGAUCGACUCUCUCCACUCCCUCACACGGAAUCCACUGCCCGCCAUCACUGCGCUAAACUUGCGCGCCAACAGGCUUCAGUCCCUCGCCGGUGUCGAGAAGCUGUACCCCUUGGAGAGGUUGGAUCUGCGGGACAACAGACUGACCGAUCCUCUCGAGCUAGCGAGGCUGACCGGAAUCCCCGACCUUCGCGAAAUCUGGGUCGAGGGCAAUCCUUUUACACGGACGCACAAAGACUAUCGGACGACCAUAUUCAACCUGUUUCGGGCAACCCCGGGGUACACCGUGGACAUUGUCAUUGACGGAUGUGGCCCCAGCUAUAGCGAGAGGCGUCUCCUGAUCGAGCGGGCCCCCAUUCCGGACUCGGUUCCCGUGGUCAAGCCCAAGUCCGCCGACGCGCCCGCCGCUGUCGAGGAGAGGCCAACGCCGAAGACGGUGACGAGUGAGAUCAACACUGGUUCGGCGCGGCGCCGCAAGGCCUCAAAGAGACGCAUCGUUGAUUUGGCCAGGGGCGACGCCGUUGCGCCUCUACUGUCCGUUGACUUGCGAAAUGAGGCGCCGCCAACGCCCGACAUCAAGGUCGCGGCGAUUUCGCCACCCGGCAACUAUCGCAUCUCUCGCCCCGCCGAGUCUGUCCUGCUGCCCCCCGUGAUUACGUCGGAGAGCCGCAGCGGCCCGCCGGCUGUCAACCCCGACCUUCUCUCGCCAGACAAGGUCCUGGGGUUCGACACGAGCGGCGCCCUCGCCGCUGGCAUGGAGUCGCAAGACUGGGACGUCGGUGGUGAGGUAUACCGACGCAAGAUUCAGACACUGCGCGACCGAGUCGGAAGCGGCUACCUCAGCGUCUUGAGCGAAGAGAGCUGGGACGGAACAAGCAGCUUCAACGCCGCGGGCUCCCCCUCCGUUCCACCGCUGCGGGCUGGGCACAUGUCGAGUAAUGCUCUGCCCACCCAGGCGGUUCACAGCGGCCGAACAGUGGGCUAG